AUGGCCAUCCUGACCACCGCCAUUUUCGCGCUUUUGAUCGCUGCGACGACCGUCGUCCUUCUCCCGCAGCUUGUGGGCGGCGUGCUGGGGCUGGUUUUUCGCAGCGUGGGAUGGCUGAUCCGCCGAAGGACACGAUCUCGGCGUGAAUACGUGAUUGCGCGGGCGCGAUCGGACGAGGAGCUACUUCAGACGCCCCGCGCAAAGGGUUCAACACACUCGCUGGCCCGGAGCUCAGCUGAGGAUGAGGACUGGGAGAAGGUGGAUAGUAGCGCCGGCCCUGGUGGGGUGAAGACGUCUACCAGCAGCGACAGCGGUGGUAGCGACGGCACAAAGAGGCCGGAUGACUGGGAUGGAAUCAUUGGGUUCUUCCAUCCGUUUUGUAAUGCCGGUGGUGGUGGAGAACGAGUGCUUUGGGAAGCAGUGCGCACAACACAGAAACGUUGGCCGAAGGCGAUUUGCGCCAUCUAUACCGGCGACCAUGAAGUGAACAAGGCGACUAUGUUGGAGCGAGUCGAGAACCGGUUCAACAUCCAUCUACAUGCUCCAACAGUGGUGCUCCUGUACUUGACCACGCGCAAGUACGUUGUCGCCAGCUCGUAUCCACACAUGACGUUGUUGGGCCAGUCGUUGGGAUCGCUGGUCGUUGCCUACGAUGCCUUUACACUGCUGGUGCCAGAUGUAUUCAUUGAUACUAUGGGCUACGCUUUUACUCUUGCACUGUGCAAGUGGCUCUUCCCUGCCGUGCCCACCGGCGCAUAUGUGCACUACCCGACUAUUUCAACCGACAUGCUCGCGUCUCUGGAUGACCAGAGCGGGGUUCAAGGUAUGAAUGCAGGCGCAGGCAAGGGGCUGAAGGGGACCGUCAAGCGACGCUACUGGCAGCUCUUCGCACAACUAUAUGGUUGGGUCGGCCGCCACAUCGACGUGGUCAUGUGCAAUUCCUCCUGGACUGCAGCGCACAUUCGCAAACUCUGGGGCCUUGGUAAAGGUAAAGCAAGCAUUGACAACAGCACCGGCGAGGGCACCGCCUCAUCGCCAGCCGUCGUGUUCCCCCCAACAGCUGUGUCCGAGCUUGAAUCCACCAUCGCCGUGGAUGCCGAGAGUGAGAAAACCCGCCAGCCCACGCUGCUCUACAUCGCGCAGUUCCGCCCAGAGAAGAAUCACCCGCUCGUCCUGCGCUCCUUCGCGCGCUUUCUGCAAGAGCGCGCCCGCAACCCAGCCUACGCUGAUCAACCCCAACCACGACUCGUCCUCAUCGGCUCCGUCCGCCAUGCCAGCCCGGAUGAAACCCACAUCUAUAACCUCCGCCUGCUCGCGCACGAGCUGCGCAUCCGCGACCACACCACAUUCAUCUGCGACGCGAGUUGGCCCGCCGUGCUGUCACAUCUGGGUACGGCCUCCGUUGGUGUGAACGCCAUGUGGAAUGAGCACUUCGGCAUUUGCGUCGUCGAGUACCAGGCCGCUGGCCUGAUUUGCGUGACGCACGACUCGGGUGGCCCGCGCGAGGAUAUCGUUGUGGACCUAGGUGAUGGGGCGACAGGCUUCCGUGCUGAGACGGAGGAACAGUUUGCGGCUGCUUUUGAGGCGGCACUUGCGCUGCCGGAGCCGGAGAAGGUGGCUAUGCGCCAGCGGGCGAGACGGUCCGCGCGCAGGUUCACGGAGGAGGAGUUCUCCCACAAGUGGCUGAGACAAGUGCAGAAGUUGGUUGAGGCAUCGCGGUAG